AUGGAAUCCACCGGUAACCAUGGAGGUAUCCAGCAACUACUUGCUGCUGAACACGAAGCUCAGCUGAUUGUCAAUGCCGCUAGAACCGCAAAAAUGGCAAGACUGAAGCAAGCCAAGGAAGAGGCUGAAACAGAGAUUGCUGAGCACAGAACCAGUACUGAGCAUGGUUUCCAGAGGAAACUCGAAGAGACCAGUGGAGAUUCUGGUGCAAACGUGAAGAGGCUUGAGGAAGAGACUGAUGCUAAGAUCGAGCAGUUGAAGAACGAAGCUUCGAGGAUAUCCCAAGAUGUUGUGGAAAUGCUUCUGAAACAUGUGACCACAGUCAAGAACUGAAAUAUAUAUCAAAGGCAAGGAAACCAUCGACUGUAAAAUGGUGUCAACUGUUGGAUUUCUUCGUUCGUUUUAUUGUUUUGUGGGUUCUUGAUUUGAACUUUUGCUAUUGAUCAUUUUCAAGCUGUGACUUAGAACUUUUGUUUUUGUAAUAAAAUUCAUAAUAAAGGAACUCCAUUUGAUCUUGUAUACUUGCGAAUGUUGUAAGAAUAAAAACUAAAUCAGAAGGCUGGAGUGGUCGAG